AAAUAUGUUAAAUGGCCCAUCCAUUGUGAUGACCGGAAUGCCAUCAAAGCUAAGUUCUAUCAAAAAUUUGGUAUCCCAGGAGUCAUGGGUUGCAUUGAUGGAACACAUGUAGCAAUAAUAAGGCCACAUAUUCACGAGGAAAGAUAUUUUAACAGGAAGGGAUUCCAUUCCCUAAAUGUCAUGAUUAUCUGCGACUCUGAUCUUAAUAUCUUGGCCAUGGAUGCUAAACCAGGCUCUUCUCACGAUUCAAGUCUGUGCCAGUGUCACCCACUCAGUCAGCACUUGAGUAAGCUAUCAGAAAAUGGGGAACAAGGAUUUUUAUUAGGUGACAGUGGCUAUCAACGAAUUACCAACUGAACUUAAAUCUAAAAUAACGAAAAACAAUAUAAAGUAAAGUUGUAAGAAUAAUGUAAAUGCAAUAAAUAAAUAAAAAAUAAAUAUCCUCUGAGGAAAACGAUGAUCACCCCAAUUCUCAAUACCAUAGAGGGAACACUACAGCUCAAUUUUUAUUUGAUGCAUGUGACUGCACGCACAGUUGAACACUGUAUAGGAGUUUUGGAAGUAUUGGAAGUGUAAACGAAGCAUUACGGAGUAGGUGGUUAAUCUGUGGUGUUGCAUUAUCUUUACUCCUGUCAAAACGUCUAUGUUCUCUCUGCCUCCGACUGACCACCGACUCACUGCGUUUUUUUUUAUGUGCUCCCAAAUAAUUAAAAUCAAGUUUGAUCUAUUUUUAAUCUUUUCUUUUCACGGCCCACACCCUUCAGAAAGCACAUUUCAGGUAAAGUAAAUAAAAUCCUGUUUGAUACAGUAUUUUAAAAAAAGAGUGUCCUAGACAAAUAAACUAGAGCAAAUAUUGUAGUUUAAUUGAUAGGUGUUUUAUUUAAAAACUAGA